CCCAAUCUUAUCCCGCAAAUCUAAAAAACUUCAGAAAAUCAAGUCCGAACUGGAAUCUACAUCCAACCUGCCCCCAACCUCGAAAAUCAAACAGUCACCUCCCGAACUCCAGACUGCAAGACCCGCAAACACAGACCCCAAUACCUCAUACAAACAAAAGCAAAACCGAAAUGCCCAAACGCAAACUCUCCGCCCUCACUCCGGGGAGCGAUUCCGACCUCGAACCCACCACCAACAAAAAAGAUAAAUCCGACUCUCGCUCCCUGCACAUCCAGACCGUUCGCCUGAAACAAAAGUUCUCGCAAGGUGUCGAAUCCCUCUCCAAAGCGCUGAAGCUGGCGCGGGGCUUCGAGCGCCAGAAGUGGAAGCGCCGCGAGAAGAAGGUCAAGACGGAGGGGAAGCCUGGGGAUGUGGAGCGGUUGGCGGAGGAGUUGAAGAUCCUAAGGGAACUCGAUCCGAUCAAGACAGCGACAAAGUAUCUCUACAAACAACUACUAAAAACGAAACGGAUCGCCGAGUCGGCUACCUUCCAAGAGUUUCAGGAGCACAUGGGCAGCAAGUUGUCGGCAGAGGGGCCCCAGAGCAAUUUCGAGGCGAAUGUGACGGCGCGCUUGUACAAGUCGACACCCGUAAAGAAUGUGUUCCCUGGGAUUAUGGACGGGAUUCGGUCGUUGUUGAAGAUCGACGAGAAGAAGCCAGCGGCAGACAAGAAAGGCAGUUCCAACAACGAAAAGGCGGAUCAAAGGGCGAAGAAGGGUGAGAAGCCGGACCCAAAACGUGUCGCGGAGGAGGUCUCCGGUAGUGAGAGUGAGUCGAGGCAGGGACGGUCACGGCCGCAGCUUGAUGAUGGAGAUGUCAGUAUGGACGAUGCGGAGAGUGUCGAUUAUGCGCAGUACGAUGGUUUACUGGCCUCGGGCUCGGAGGAUGAGGAUGGGGAGGACGUGCACGAGACUCGGCGGCAGAUGCUUGGCGACAGGGGCGAUGAAGAUGAGGAUGGGGACGAGGAAAACGAUUUCGAUGAGCGCAUGUUGCAGCGAAGACCCCCCUCCGAUAUAUCCGUCUCGCGCUCGCCGAGCCCGGAAGUGGACGAGGAGGAAGAAUCCGACGCACCCCCCUCCAAAAAGGCCAAGCCCGCCCAAAAAGGAUCUGCCAAGCCUGCGACCAGCACGACCUUCUUGCCCUCCCUCAUGAUGGGUGGCUACUGGUCUGGAUCAGAGUCGGAAGCCGAGGACAUCGACGCCGCAGAACCACCAAAGCGGAAGAAUCGCAUGGGCCAGCAGGCGCGUCGGGCGUUGUGGGAAAAGAAAUACGGCGCCGGCGCAAACCAUGUCAAACAGCAACAACAAAAAGCCAAGAAGGGCAGGGAUAAUGGCUGGGAUCCCCGAAAGGGUGCAACUGAUGGCAAUCGGGUUCCCAUCGGGAAAUCCGGUCAGGGCGCACGGGGUCGACCGCAGCACGAUGGCGGUCGGCCGCAACGAGGGCCGGCGAAGAAGCCACAGGAUGAUAAGCCUUUGCAUCCGUCCUGGGAGGCAGCCAAAAAGGCUAAGGAACAGAAGGCCACGGCGGCCUUUGCCGGUAAGAAAGUUGUGUUUGAUUAGAUAUCCCAUAUCCCAAUAUUAGCAUGUACAUCAUUUCACCACGAGCAUAG